GACUCUUUCAAGUCAUCUUCUCUCCCGUUUACUUUACGCUCACAUCUCUUUUUCUCGAGAAAAUUCAUCGAGAAAAAAAAAAAAUCGAAAACAGAGAGAGAGACAUCCAUUUUCUCUAAACUCAAAUUCUUUUUUCUCGAGAAAGUUUCUUCCUUUUAAUUCCAUUACUUUCCAGGAAAAAAGGAUAGAAAAAUGAACAAUCUUAACUCUGUUUAAGAUCUAACUUUCUCGAGAAAAGUUACAGAAAAAAAACAGAGCAACCUAUUUCCGGGGGAAAAAUAAAAAAAAAUCAUUACUUUCCGAUUUAAUUUCACUUUCUCAGGAAACAAAUAUAAACCCAUUCGAAGCCAAAGGUUUCAAACUCUGUUUUUGAAACAAUGUGUUUGAUUCAUAAAGGAGCCACCUUGGCUCUGUUUCUAACGUUGACCAUGGUGAUCAACGGAGUUUUCGGUAGAUUCAUCGUUGAGAAGAGCAGCGUAACGAUUCUAAACCCUUUGGCAAUGCGGUCUAAACAUGAUGCAGCCAUUGCUAACUUCGGCGUUCCUAACUACGGUGGUUACAUAAUCGGCUCCGUCGUUUACGCUGGUAAAGGAGCUUAUGGUUGUGACUCUUUUGACAAAACUUUCAAACCCAAGUUCCCUCGUCCUACCAUCUUAAUCAUUGAUCGUGGAGAGUGCUACUUUGCAUUAAAGGUAUGGAACGGUCAACAGUCCGGUGCAGCAGCAGUUCUAGUAGCUGAUAACGUCGAUGAGCCAUUGAUAACAAUGGACUCACCUGAGGAAUCCAAAGAAGCUGAUGACUUUAUAGAGAAACUCAACAUUCCUUCGGCUUUGAUAGACUUUUCUUUCGCCAAUUCGAUCAAGCAAGCUCUUAAAAAAGGCGAGGAAAUAGUCUUGAAGAUAGACUGGAGCGAGUCAUUACCUCAUCCGGAUGAGAGAGUUGAGUAUGAGCUAUGGACUAACACGAACGAUGAGUGUGGUGCACGGUGUGAUGAGCAGAUGAACUUUGUCAAGAACUUCAAAGGUCAUGCGCAGAUUCUUGAAAAAGGAGGAUACUCUUUGUUUACACCUCAUUACAUUACAUGGUUUUGUCCUAAAGAUUAUGUUUCUAGCAAUCAAUGUAAGUCUCAGUGUAUAAACCAAGGGAGGUAUUGUGCUCCUGACCCUGAACAAGACUUUGGUGAUGGAUACGAUGGGAAAGACAUUGUUUUCGAGAAUCUGAGACAGUUGUGUGUUCAUAAAGUAGCGAAAGAGAGUAACCGGUCUUGGGUUUGGUGGGACUAUGUGACUGAUUUUCACAUCAGGUGUUCAAUGAAGGAGAAGAAGUAUAGCAAAGAAUGUGCUGAAAGAGUUGUUGAAUCUCUUGGUUUGCCACUUGACAAGAUCAAGAAAUGUAUUGGUGAUCCUGAAGCUAAUGUGGAGAAUGAAGUUUUGAAAUCUGAGCAAUCCCUUCAGGUAGGACAAGGUGACCGCGGAGAUGUCACAAUUUUGCCAACAUUGAUCAUCAACAAUGCUCAAUACCGCGGUAAACUCGAGAGGAAUGCAGUACUCAAGGCUAUAUGUUCAGGAUUUAAGGAAAGAACUGAACCAGGAAUCUGUCUGAGUGGAGAUAUUGAAACAAACGAAUGUCUUGAAGCAAAUGGAGGGUGUUGGCAAGACAAGAAGUCUAAUGUAACAGCUUGCAAGGACACAUUUAGAGGAAGAGUCUGUGAAUGCCCUGUUGUGAAUGGUGUGCAGUAUAAAGGAGAUGGCUAUACCUCAUGUGAACCUUAUGGCCCUGCGAGAUGCUCAAUAAAUCAAGGAGGGUGCUGGUCUGAAACCAAAAAGGGCUUAACUUACUCUGCUUGUUCGAACUCGGAGGCAUCAGGAUGUCGUUGCCCUCAAGGCUUUAAAGGAGAUGGUCUUAAAUGUGAAGACAUCGAUGAAUGUAAGGAGCAAUCAGCUUGUCAAUGUGAUGGAUGCAAGUGUAAGAACAAUUGGGGAAGCUUUGAAUGCAAGUGCUCUGGAAAUCGUCUCUACAUGAAAGAACAAGACACUUGCAUCGAGAGAAGCGGAUCAAGAAUUGGGUGGUUCUUGACGUUUGUGAUACUAGCUGCGGUUGCAAGCAUUUGUGUAGGUGGUUACGUAUUCUACAAGUAUCGUCUCAGGUCUUAUAUGGAUUCCGAAAUCAUGGCGAUUAUGUCUCAGUACAUGCCAUUGGAGAGCCAAAACACAAACGAUCCAGUGACUGGUGAAUCUCAACAGCAGCAGCUGAGAUUAACUUCUGCAGCCUAAAUUAAUAAUUCUCACUUUUUUUUUUGUUCUAUAGAUGAUUUCUUCUUGUGUUAACCAACAGUCAAGUAAAAGUAUUCAUAAAGAGCUAAAGAUGAAAUUUUUGUUUUACCCUGAAAACGACUUCUUUUGGGUCAUUUCUACUCUUUCUUUAAAAAAUGAAUGAUAAAGGAAGAGGGUUACCAAAGCU